AAUUCCCGCAGUCUAUAAAAGCAUGUACGUAGCUUUCUUAGCAUAACUGUUCUACGCUGUGUCUUUUUAAAUAACGUGCUUAGUAUUAAAUAUUUGCCCUAGUUUCAAUGUUCGAUAAGCUUUACUUGCUAGUUUUAUCGUUGGGGAUCUUAGCCAAGGUUCGUGGUCAGUAUGAGGUAGCAGACUCUCUGGUCCACGAGAAGGGGAGAUGUGUAACCUACGGGUUCAGUGAGAACAACAUUCAUUAUAACGUUUACAAUGGGGAACCUAAAGAAAUCACUGACAGCAAUGCUAUUUCUCUCAUGAAGGAUUUCUGUCCGAUGUUCCAGAACCAGCCCGUUUGCUGUGACUCUACUCAGAUCAAGGAGUUUGCGGAGAAAAUUAAACUGGCAGCUAAUCUGUUGGCUAACUGCGCAGCUUGCUGGGCUAACUUUAGAACGAUCCUUUGUCAGCAGAUGUGCAGCCCUGAUCAGAGUACCUUUAUGGAGAUUCCAGAAACUUUCCCCACAACUGCUGGACCACUUGCUGCCCGAUCAUACCGAACCUCUCUUACCAAAGAGUACGCCGUCAAAUUAUUUGACAGUUGUAGAGAAGUGACUAGUUUUGGGUUGAGUGCUAUUGGAAUGAUCUGCGCUGAUAUGGACUGCACAUACGUGCGACUAUUGAAAACGUUAGGAGACAACAGCACCGGCGCCCGUGCACCCUACUUCACUGAUUACUAUGUCGGUAACUCCAGAUCAGUUGAAAUCACCCCGCUCAAAGCUGAAGUUCUCACCCACUGCUGGGAACCAACUCCCGAGGGAGAGGAAGCAUGUACGUGUGACGACUGCUCGGAGGCUUGUAAGAACGAGAUGAUGGUAACAGCGCCUCCCCCCACUGAGCCCUUCCAGAUCCUCGGACUGGACGGAAUUACUGCUAUCAUGGGAGCUCUAUACCUUCUCCUCGCCUUUCUUAUAGGACUUCACUGCCUGGUAAGAUGGGCCUAUAACCGUUACGUAAGGAGAGGAGACUCUGACUCAAUGGACAGUGGCAGUAGUAUCGGUGAUAUUAAACGUGGUCUGGUCAAGAAAAUAGGACACAAGAUGGUGUCCAAGGGACUGACUAUUGACACUAUCAUUGCUAACGGCUUCCACAUCUGGUCCAGUAUCUGUUGCAGACAUCCCGGAAAGUGCAUGAUCGGUUCCAUACUGGGAGUUGCAGUGUUCACAUCGGGACUGUCCUACUUCAAGAUAACAACUGACCCUGUUAAACUGUGGUCCUCUUCCACCAGCACCGCCCGCCAACAGAAGGACUUCUUUGACCACCACUUUACCCCCUUCUACCGAACUACUCAGGUUGUGAUAAAACCAAAUGGACAAGAGCCAGAAGAGUAUAAAGUGGCAGCAAAGCGGCAUGAGAAUGUGAAGUUUGGAUCAGUGCUCUCGAAGGAAGUGUUAACCGAGGCAAUGACUCUUCAGAACAUUCUUGUUAACAUCACUGCAAAAAGUAACGGUCAGACCGUAUCUCUAGAGGAUGUGUGUUACAAGCCACUAGCUCCAGACAACAACAACUGUGCGAUAGUAUCUCCUUUACAGUGGUUCCAAAACAGUCAGGAUAACUUGAAUAUUGAGAGAGGGAGUAAGAACUACCUGGACCACAUGUACUACUGUGCCAGGAACUACCUAUCCCCAAUGGACGGAGCUAACACAGGUAUUCCCUGUAUUGGGUUGUUCGGAGGACCUGCCAUAACUAACCUGGUAUACGGAGGGUACAACGGAGAAAACUUCGAGUCAGCUGAGAGUAUUCUGAUAACAAUACCUCUCAACAAUCAUCUGACUAACAAUACUGCCGCUCUGGCGUGGGAGAAAGAGUUUCUUAAUUACAUGAAGAAAUACUCGAACGACAAGAUAAAAGUGAGUUUCAGCGCUGAGCGGGCUAUAGAAGACGAGAUCUCAGAGAGCAGUUUCCAGGAUCUCUAUACUGUUUUUAUCAGUUACGUUCUCAUGUUCAUAUACGUCUCGCUGACCCUGGGUAAACUCCAAUUCUCCUGCUCCUCCAACAUUAUCCAAGCUAAAUCAGUAGUUGGGUUGGCUGGUGUUAUCAUCGUACUCUGCUCUGUUGCUUGCUCGCUUGGUAUCUUCUCCUUCUUCGGAUGGGAGGCUACUCUUAUCGUCAUUGAGGUUGUACCAUUCCUCGUGUUGGCUGUUGGAGUAGAUAAUAUCUAUAUCCUGGUACAAGCUCUACAAAAAGACCCUCCUAAAUCUGUAUCUAACGUUCCUCAACAGAUCUCGAUAGUGUUUGGCAGGAUAGGACCGAGUAUGCUCUUAUCUGGGUGCUGUGAAACAGUUGCCUUCUCUCUUGGUGCUCUCUCCACUAUGCCGGCUGUUAAGAACUUCUCACUCUACGCAGCUCUUGCAGUCUUUAUAAACUUCCUGUUACAGUGUACUGCUUUCCUAUCGGUCAUCACUUGGGAUUUGAAGCGACAGUUGAGUGGAAGAUACGACUGUUUCUGUUGCUUAAGAAAUGAAGAAGUAGAAAACAAGUCUAGCAAAAAGGGUGUUGUCGCUGUUGCUAUAGAGAAAUACUGGGCCCCUGCUCUGUUCUCCUCAAAAUGCCUGAGAGGGGCUGUUGUAGCGUUCUUCAUCUUCAUCUCCUGUGCAAGUAUCGGGAUGAUGAACCGUAUAGAUAUAGGAUUAGACCAGACCGUGGCUCUACCCCACGACAGUUAUCUAGGAGAUUACUACCGUGACAUAUUCAGUCAGCUUAGAGUGGGACCCCCUGUAUACUUCGUCUUUCAUAACAAAGGUGACACGUGGCAGAGAUUCCCAAAGCGAGCAGCGCAAGAUGAGAUUUGCAUGGGGAGAUCUUGUAACGCAACCAGCGCUCUCAAUUACCUCAAGCGACAGUCUACGAUCAGCAACUACUCAACUAUUGCUACCCCUCCCAACUCAUGGCUGGACGAUUACUUCUCAUGGUUAGACCCAACAUUUGAAUGUUGCAGGAUAUACUUCAACGGUACUUUCUGUCCUUCUACUGACAGAACUAGCACGUGUUAUCCUUGCCUCAAGAAAUCAGAUGGUGAAAGGCCGCCCUCGAAUCUAUUUUUCCAGCACCUGCCCUCCUUCCUGAACGAUAACCCUAACGCUGAAUACUGCGCGAAGGGAGGCCACGCCCUCUACGCUGACGCUGUGGAGUUCGCGUACGGAAGGCAGAAAGAUUCUGAUCAACCAGUCGCUAUACAGAGUGCUUACUUCCAAGCUUACCACACUCCCCUUCAUAAAUCUGCUGACUUCAUAACAGCGUACAAACGAGCACUAGACAUUGCAGAUGAAAUGUCCUCCCAAGUUGGUAACAUGACAGUGUACCCAUACUCUGUUUUCUACCUCUUCUACGAACAGUACCUCACUAUCCAGGACGAAACAAUCGUUAACCUCCUCCUCUGCAUCAUGUCCGUCUUCAUCAUGUCCUUCAUCCUCCUCGGAUUCAACCUGGGACCUGCUCUCAUCAUCACCAUUACCGUGGCUAUGAUCACAGCAGACAUGUUCGGUCUGAUGUACCUGUGGGGUAUAACUCUGAACGCUGUUAGUUUAGUAAAUCUGGUUAUGAGUGUAGGAAUCUCGGUGGAGUUCUCCUCGCAUAUUGUUAAAAGUUUCACCAAGUCUAAGGCUAUCGGAAUGGAUAAAAGUUACGAUGCUCUGGUUAGGACUGGUCCGUCCGUUCUAAGUGGGAUCACACUUACAAAGUUUGUUGGAAUCGUCGUGCUGGCCUUCGCUAAAUCUCAGAUAUUUGAGAUCUUCUACUUUAGGAUGUAUCUGGGUAUCGUUAUCCUGGGUGCACUUCACUCGCUCGUCUUCCUACCCACACUUCUCAGCUUUAUCGGCUUCACCAAUAACUUCGAAGCUCACUCCACGAAGUACGACGCAGUACAAACCAGCACGCCUGAUAACGACCGCAGUCCUACAGACAGCGGUGUUAACCUCAAGGAAGCUGUCUCUCCGCCGAUAAACGUAGCACGGUUCGCCUGCGACCCAGCCGAAUCCCCAUCUUUCAUGUCCCCUAACCUACAAUCUUACAAGCUGGUCACGCAAACAGACAACUCCACCCACUGUGACUCGAACAUUGAUGCUAACGCAACUAGAGUCUCCCCCAACAACAGCGCUACCAGAAGCCCCUCCACCUCCCUAAGGAGUGGGGGCAGCUUGAAGAGCACUAAAAGCGGUGCCAGCGUGGUAGUCAGUAUGAAUGACAACACCGGUACCAGAAAUCGUCCUCAGAGUAUUAAAGUUUACGAUCAAAUCGACUAUAGCAACACUGCUAAAUAUGGUGUCCCCGUUUAAGUGAUUACACUGUUAAUAAUAGUGAUGUACACCAUGUGUAGUAUCACGUGUAUAUUCCAUUAUUAGUGGGGAUUAAUAAUUGUGGUGUGUG